AUGGCACCUAUGUCUGACAUUUGCAUACUUGGAUGUGUUACAGCGAAGCGUGUUGAACAAAGCUAUCUCAACUUUAAUCAAGCUGAUGAAUGUAAGGCUAGAGACAUGAUCACCACUAAUAAACCGAAUGCCAAGGUAACUCUCAAGGGCAGUAGAGAUAGAGAAGAUGGAUCGAGAAGAGCCGAUGACCCUGACAGUAUAUUCUCUGAUGGCAGAUUUUAA